AGUGAAACAACUGAAAGGAAGCGGAAGUGUCAAUUAAACGGAAGUGGUACUGCCCAGAAGAACAAGCCGAGGAGCGAGACGGAGGUCGUAGACUCCAACUAUACCUUUCGCGGAUAAAAGCAGGGGGAAAGGCCGUUAAUAAUCGUAAACAAUGGACAAGAGUGACCUGGUGCAGAAAGCCAAGCUCGCCGAACAGGCUGAGCGCUACGAUGACAUGGCGGCCGCCAUGAAGUCGGUGACAGAGCAGGGCACUGAGCUGUCUAACGAAGAACGCAACUUGCUGUCGGUGGCGUACAAAAACGUGGUGGGUGCCCGGCGCUCCUCCUGGCGUGUCAUCUCCAGCAUUGAACAGAAGACUGAGGGCAAUGAGAAGAAGCAGCAGAUGGCCAAGGAGUACCGCGAGAAGAUCGAGACCGAGCUGCAGGACAUCUGCAAUGACGUGCUGGGCCUUCUGGACAAAUACCUGAUUGCCAAUGCUAGUCAGGCUGAGAGCAAGGUGUUCUACCUGAAAAUGAAAGGAGAUUACUACAGAUACCUGUCUGAGGUUGCCUCUGGGGAUAAUAAGAAGGCCACGGUGGAUAACUCCCAGCUGGCGUAUCAGCAGGCGUUUGAGAUCAGCAAGAAGGAGAUGCAGCCUACACACCCCAUUCGCCUGGGUUUGGCUCUCAACUUCUCUGUCUUCUACUACGAGAUCCUCAACUCGCCUGAACAGGCCUGCAGCCUGGCUAAGGCCGCAUUUGAUGAAGCAAUUGCUGAGCUUGAUACCUUAAAUGAGGAUUCCUACAAAGACAGCACCUUGAUCAUGCAACUACUAAGGGACAACCUGACCCUGUGGACAUCAGAAAACCAGGGUGAUGAGGCGGACGCUGGAGAGGGGGAGAACUAAAGGCAGCGCCUAUCGUCCGACCACAUAUACACGCACACACACAAACACACACACACACACACACACUCUUCAUCUUAAGAAAAAAAUACACACAAACGGCUUCUUCCACUCCCACGCCCCCUACCAUCUACCCCCAUUUCCCACCCCAUCCCAAAAUGCCCCAGCCCUACUGUAUGACUAGCAGCAUGAGUUGUACCUGAGCUUACCACAGUCCUGCUCCUCCCGAGGUGCACUAACACAGUACAGGGGAGCGCUCACAGGGGAACAUGCACAUGUUAGCAGGGCCAGUCAUUUUCUUUGUGAAAUUUAAAUGUGGUUGUAUUAAGUAGUGAGUCCAUAUUCUUUGUGCGUGUAUGUUUGUGUGUGUGUGUGUGUGUGUGUGUUGGUGUGAAUGAGUGAGUGAAUGAGGAGGGAGAGGUGACACAAUAGUCUCCAUGUGCACGUGAAAGAGAGGUUGUGUUAAAAGUGUGUGUGUGUGUAAGGGGGUUGGGGGUUGUGAAUUCUAAUCGUCCUUCCUGAUAAUUCCCUUUUUUUCUCCACCUAGCUGGUUGUGCAUUUUUCAUCCUUUUUUUGUUACGGUCAUAUUUUUUAGUGUAAUUGGUCAUGGUAUUUACAGGUUUUAUUGUAUGGUUAUUAAACUGGCAGUUUAUUUUCACCAA